UGCUCUCAACAGCUUUUCAGGGACCAUUCCCAAGUGCCUGAAUAAUGUCACUGCUCUGAAAGUUGCUUAUAACAGUGCUUAUAACAUAUAUCUGGAGUACGAUCAACAAACAACAGUGAUGAAAGGAAGAGCACUCCAGUAUAACACAUCUCUGAUGUUUGUAAAAAGCAUUGAUCUUUCUGUGAACAACCUUGAAGGUGAAAUCCCUGAAGAAAUAGGCACCCUCGUCCUGCUGAUCAACUUGAACUUAUCAAUGAAUCAAUUAAGUGGAGACAUUCCCUUGGAGAUUGGAAAGUUGGUGCAGCUCCAAAAUCUUGAUCUCUCGCUCAACCAACUUUCGGGACAGAUUCCUCAGAGCCUUUCAUACUUGACCUUCUUGUCCUACUUGAAUCUAUCGUAUAACAACUUGAGUGGUAGAAUUCCUUUGGGCAACCAGCUGCAAACACUGCCCGAAUCCACUUACGAGGGCAACCCGUUACUUUGCGGGUUUCCUCUUUCUAUUGCAUGCUCGGAAGGUGGCAAUCCGACAACCAAGGAUCCAAAAGACAAUGACAAUGAAGAUGGACAUGAUGAGUUGUGGUUCUUUGUUAGCUCGACACUCGGCUUUAUUGUAGGCUUUUGGAGCGUUUGUGACACAUUGUUUCUGAAGAAGUCAUGGAGGCAUGCUUAUUUUCGAUGGUUUGAUGCCAUCAAGGAUAAGGCAAUGUUAGCAAUUGCAGUGAAAGUGGCUCGUUUUCAAAGGAACUUAUGAUUGAAUAGUUCUUGAAAUUAAAGUAUUUGAAUAUGUUUGUAAUAAGUUAUCAGUACAUUUUAAGUUUUAACAGUACGUCGAGUUUCUUGUAUGCAAGAAAUUAUCAGUAAAUUCUGAAUGGAGUA